UUCAUCGAAUUGAAAUUAAAAGCCGAAACAAUCGCGUGAUGCCGGUUUUACAUAGUGAAGUCGAUACUACUCGCAAAUUUAUCAAGGCACGUCUUCUUACGGAUCGUGCGUCGUUUCACGGAUAUGAAACUGAACGGCAGCACAUCAGAGAUUUACUGCAACGAACCGCGGAACUAGGUGAAUCGAACAGCGUGUUGCUUUUGGGCCCGAGAGGAUGUGGAAAAACAACCCUUAUAACGUCCGUAUUGGCCGAAUUGCUGCCUCAGCAAACAUUCCACCGGAACACGUUGAUCGUCUAUUUGAACGGUUUGAUACACACCGACGACCGGCAGGCACUGAAAUCGGCCACCGCACAGAUGAAUCUGGAAAACGCGGUCGACGGUAAAGUGUUUGGAUCGUUCGCCGAGAACCUGGCGUUCCUGCUGGAGUGUUUAAAGGCGGGUGACCGAAAGAAAUCGAAAAGCGUCAUCUUUCUGUUGGAGGAAUUCGAUCUGUUCUGUUCGCACCACAACCAAACGUUGCUGUACAACCUGUUCGACGUCGCACAGUCCGCCCAGGCCCCCAUAUGCGUCGUCGGCAUCACGGCCCGGCUGGAUGUGAUCGAACUGCUAGAGAAGCGAGUAAAGUCCCGCUUUUCCCAUCGACAGAUUUUUCUCUUCCCAGCGGAGGACGAUUUUGACGGAAGGGUACAACUGUUUGCCGACUUGCUGAAGCUUCCUACGGAACAGCAGCUUCGGCGGAUGGACGCAACCUACACGCCGAUUCCGAAGGAAGCACUGCAUAACGAUGAGCUUGUUUUAGUCCGGAAUCUUUUCAACCCAUUGCAGCUCUACCGCUUCGGCCCAAAGUGGGUCACCCAAUGGAAUCGACACAUUGAUGCGUUGGCAAAGAACCCUACCGUUAAAACGGUUCUGAAAAACAUAUACGAUUACGACGCGCUAGAAGGACCCUUUCGAAUGCUGCUGCUGGAGUUGGUCAACAGUUUGGACGAGAAACGACAGGCCAUUACUGUCGAGUCGAUUCAGGAGCUGGGCAGAAGCUACGAGUCGGACGAUAAGGUAGCCCUUGUGGCGGGACUAUCCGUGCUCGAGGUGUGUCUGCUUAUCGCAAUGAAGCACCACUCGGAAAUCUACGACCGGGAUCCGUUCAACUUCGAGAUGAUCCUCACACGGUACGGCAAGUUUGCCAAUAGCAGCUCCACCAUGCAGAACAUCGAGCGGUCGGUCGCAUUGAAGGCGUUUGAGCAUUUGAAAAAUCUUGAACUGAUUGUACCGAUGACGGGCGUUGGGGGUUCGAAGGUGCUGAAGGAAUAUCAGCUGCAUCGGUUGCUGUUGACGUACGGUCAAAUUAGCCAGGCGGUGCUAAAGAUGCAGUUUUUGCCAACCGAGAUUAAGCAGUGGGCGCAAAGUUCGUUAAUUUAAAGUGUGUUUUAUUUAUGAUUUG